AUGGAUCCUUCUGGUUGGCAACCUUACCAGGAUCCCCUGAUGGGGCAGCCGGCGCAGUUCAAUAGUGGGUUGGCGUCUCAUCCCCAGCAGCAGCUGGGCACCAAGUACGGUCAGCCGCCAGCCCAGACACAGCCGCCCGUCGGAUACACAUACGAGACCUUCCAAACUCCCAGCACCUCCUCGAAGCCUUCCUCUGCCCACCCCAGCUCCAAGCCCGUCUCCAUGGCGUCGUCUCCAACUGCCACGCCACGUAGUCGGGAUUAUGUCACCGAUGCGGAUACCACCAUGGAGGAUGCGGAUCCAUACAAUCGGGCCAAGUACCCAUCAAGGCCGACUCAUCACAAUCGCGCCUCGUCUCAAUUCCUCAAUCAGGCCGAGGAGUCGUCGGCAGCUCGCAGAUAUUCUCCGAUGAAUGUUCUGUCGCCGCCGAUGUCAUACCCUCCCAGCCCCGGGAAACCUCAAGGCUCGUUCGGUUCCUCUCCUGCGGCCCCGGGACAGACUCGACGGUCGCCCACGAGAGCCGCAGACUACGCUUCCUCUCCUCAGGGUUACCAAUCACCCCAAUCGUCCAACCGCCCUCCGCGUCUUCCCCCUCUUCAGUCAGCCGACCUCAGCCCGGACCAGUACUAUCCGCCCUCCGCUUCCACACACAUGAGUCCGACGUUUGGACCAGGAACACGGUCACCGCGAUCGGGAUCUAUGCCGUUGCAAGUCCCAGGCCGUGGUCCAGUCCCCAAAUUCCAGAAGAUUAAGUCAGUUCAGGAGUUGCAUCCGCGGAUCCACGCCCAGCCCGCAUAUCGACGUGCCAAUCCCGAGGGUGGCUUCAUCAGCCCCCUCCAAGCGCUGACGACCCACCUUCCGUCGACGUAUCGCAUCUGCAACCCGAACUUCAACUACGAGUCCUCGAGAAACCCGCGUCGCGUGUUGACCAAACCAAGCAAGGGUGUGAAGAAUGAUGGCUAUGAUAACGAGGAUAGCGAUUAUAUUCUCUAUGUCAAUGACAUCUUGGGUAGUGAGGAGGCCGGUCACAAAAACCGGUAUCUCAUUCUCGAUGUGUUGGGCCAGGGUACUUUUGGUCAGGUGGUGAAGUGCCAGAAUCUGAAGACGCAAGAAGUUGUGGCUGUCAAGGUGAUCAAGAACAAGACGGCGUAUUUCAAUCAGAGCAUGAUGGAAGUCUCUGUGUUGGAUCUGCUGAACAGCAAAUACGAUAAGAACGAUGACCAUCACCUGCUCCGCCUGAAGGAUACCUUUAUCCAUCGUCAACAUCUGUGCCUUGCCUUCGAACUUCUCAGCGUCAACUUAUAUGAGCUGAUCAAGCAGAAUCAAUUCCGAGGCCUAAGCACUACACUCGUCCGUGUUUUCGCGCAACAGCUUUUGAAUGCGUUGAGUCUUUUGAACAAGGCUCAUCUGAUUCAUUGCGACUUGAAACCGGAGAAUAUUCUUUUGAAAAAUCUUGAGAGCCCAAUCAUCAAGGUUAUCGAUUUUGGCUCUGCAUGCGAUGAACGCCAAACGGUAUACACCUACAUUCAAUCACGCUUCUAUCGCUCACCAGAAGUGUUGCUUGGUUUGCCAUACUCAUCCGCGAUCGACAUGUGGUCCCUGGGAUGUAUCGUUGUCGAACUUUUCCUAGGGUUGCCUCUGUUCCCCGGCUCUUCUGAAUACAAUCAGGUUUGCCGUAUCGUCGAAAUGCUGGGUCUUCCACCAACAUGGAUGUUGGAGAUGGGCAAGCAAUCGGGCGAGUUUUUCGAGAAGACUCAGGAUGAGUAUGGCCGUAAGACAUAUCGCCUGAAGAGCCUAGAGCAGUAUUCGAGGGAGCACAACACCAAGGAGCAACCCAGCAAGAAAUACUUCUCCGCAUCCACCUUGGAGGAGAUCAUUCGCAGCUACCCCAUGCCGAGAAAGAACAUGAAACAAGCCGAGAUUGAACGAGAACUCAACAACCGGGUGGCAUUCAUCGACUUUGUCCGCGGCCUGCUGACGAUCAACCCGCUCGAGCGAUGGUCGCCCCAGCAAGCCAAAUUGCACCCGUUCAUUACCCAGCAAAAGUUCACUGGUCCUUUCAUGCCGCCCAUGAACUUGAAAUACUCGGCCCCCAAUAAGACCGUUGCCCCUGGUGUUCAGCAGCAACAGCAGGCUGAAGCUGCCAGCAAGCAGAGGGCCGCCCAAGCUGCCCAUGCCCAGUCAGCAUAUAAUAUGCAGAUGAAUCAGUACCACACCCCUCCUGCCCACACUGCACAGGCUCCGCCCAUGUAUAAUGGCAUGUACCAGCAGGGUGCCCCGCCCCCGUACCCGACACAACCACCAGGCUAUGGCCAUCAGAUGGGUCUUGUCCAAGGCCAGGUGCCUCAGCAAGCCCAGUAUGCACCUUCACAGAGCCUCUAUGCUCAGGCAACAACACGAGCCGGUCGUCAACGUGCAUCGACGAUGGACCCUCAGGGAGGCGGUGUUCCCACCACGAUCCAGCGCGUGGCCAGCCAUUUGGAUCCCAACGCGCCGAUUCGGUUGCAGCCCAGCCCGGCGUACUACCCGCCUCCGCCUGAUGGCUACGUGGAUCCUAAUAACGCGAACCAGCGGCGCCGUGGAAGCCGUGCUGCUGCUGGACAAGGCAACCAACGAAACCGGGACUUUAUCCGUACUCUUGAGGAUGGUGUCCUGGGCGAUGGCUAUAUGAGUCAAAACCAGUGGCACUAG